AUGGGAUCAAAUCAAGGGAAGUGCUCAUCCUACAGUCAAGACAGGAUUCCUCCUCAAUCGGAUCUUCAGUUCAGGAUCAACGGCAAGAGGUUCUGUGUACGACCAGGAAGCAUUCCUCAUGACACUUCUCUCAACUCCUUCAUCCGCAUUUAUGCGGGACUCACGGGAACGAAGUUCAUGUGCAGAGAAGGCGGUUGUGGCUGUUGCACGGUGAAUUCAAUAACUGGUAAAGACUGGGUUGGAUCAGUGAACUCUUGCUUGAUGUCCGUUUUCUCGUGUCACGGAAUGGAAGUCGUGACGAUCGAAGGAAUUGGCGGGAAAGCGAGUGGUUUCCAUGCGAUCCAGGCGCGUCUGGCCAGGAUGAAUGGCACUCAGUGCGGAUUCUGCUCGCCCGGAAUGGUCAUGAGCAUGCUUGGCCUGAUCGAGAGCCGCAAAGGACGCGUGUCGAUGGCAGAAGUCGAGAACAGCCUCGGAGGAAACAUCUGCAGAUGCACUGGAUACCGACCAAUCCUGGACGCCUUCAAAUCCCUGGCCGAUGACGCCGAUCCCACUCUGCCUUCCUGCCCAGACAUUGAAGAUCUCCCGAUGAGAUGCGUUUUCGCUGGAGAGCCGCCCUCUAAGUUCGACUAUGAUUUCGUGCGCUUCGGGCUCGAGAACGGCCGAGAGUGGUUCAGAGUGACGAGUGUGGAGCACGUGCUGAAGAUCUUCGAGAAGUCGCACAAUCGUCCUUACAUGCUCGUGGCGGGAAACACUGGCCACGGCGUCUUCCGCCGCAGGGAAGAUCUCGAGAUCUUCAUUGACGUGAGUGGCGUCGAGGAAUUGAGGAUCAUGACUUUGGGAGACACUCUGGAAGUGGGCGCCGCCGUGACUCUGUCGGAAUUCAUGGGAUUCCUGUCCGAGGCUUCAGAGGCGAAGCGGGAAUUCUCGUACUGCCGGCAACUCGUGCGUCAUCUCGAUCUUGUGGCUCAUCCGGCGGUGAGAAACCUGGCCACGAUCGGAGGCAAUCUGAGCCUGAAGCACCAGCAUCCGGAGUUCCCGUCGGACAUUUUCCUCCUUCUGGAAACUGUGGGCGCCUUCCUCACCAUCGUGGACAGCGACGGAGUGCACAGAGUCACUUCCGUGGAGGAAUUCAUGUUCAAGUCCAUGCGCAAACGAGUAAUCCUGAAAGUGAUUCUGCCCCCUCUGCAUCCGGACAAGUUCUGCCUGGCCACGUACAAGAUCAUGCCUCGGGCGCAGAACGCCCACGCGAUGGUCAACGCGGGAUUCCUCUUCAAGUUCAGCCCAGGAAGAAGCGUCGCUCAGUCGGCCAGGAUUUGCUUCGGCGGAAUCAACUCGAGGUUUAUUCACGCCUCGAAAACGGAGAAUCUUGUGAUGGCCAAGAGUCUGUUCUCCAAUGAGACCGUCGCUCUUCUCAUGGCUUCCUUGAACGAGGAGCUGAAGCUGAACUGGAUUCUUCCGGAUCCGUCGCCGAGGUAUCGGAAACUCCUCGCUUUGGGACUCUUUUACAAAGCCAUUCUGAGUGUGGCUCCGGUGGAGAGGGUCAGAGAAUGUGUGAGAAGUGGUGGUGAGGAGAUCUUCCGCGGAUUGUCUUCGGGGAAACAGGAAGUUACUGGCGCGGAAAACGCAAUGAUCAAACUCAAUGCCGAGAUUCAAUGCAGCGGUGAAGCAAAUUAUAUCAACGAUCUUCCCUGCAUGCCCGGCGAAGUUUGGGCAGCUUUCGUUCCUGCGACGGAAGUUUCUGCCAGAAUUCUGAGCAUUGACGCUUCAGUAGCUCUGAGGAUUCCUGGAGUUGUGGCUUUCUUCAGUGCGAAAGAUAUUCCUGGAAUUAAUAAUUAUAUGACUCACGUACUAGUUGAGUCCUUAGAGAUUUUGGAACCUGAAGAAAUUUUCUGUAGUGGAAAAGUUCUAUUUCACAAUCAACCGGCAGGAAUCAUCCUAGCAGAAAAUAUGGAUCUCGCAAUCAAAGCUGCUAAAGCUGUUCAGAUCAACUACAGUCGACCGAUUCAGAGAAAGCUCUUCUUAUCGGUUGAGGACGUUCUUGAUUCUGAAGAACAUGAAAGAGUAUUUUCUUAUGAAACCCGGCUUGAUGCUAUAGACAGAGGAGUCGAAAUUGCAGCCACGAUAGCAGGAAAACUAAAUUUCUCAAAUCAGUAUCACUUCCAUUUGGAGCCUCAAACGACAGUUUGCGUGCCAAAAGAAUCUGGAAUUGAAGUUCAUAGUGCCACACAUUUUCUUCACUUCACACAAAUGGGAAUUUCUCAAGUUUGCAAUAUUCCUAUGAAUUCAAUAAGUAUGAAACUGGAAAGAAUUGGGGGGAGUUUUGGGGCCAAGAAUUCGAAAUCUACUCACUUGGCCUGCGCUGCUGCCUUAGCAUGCAUUAAACUUAGACGUCCUGUGCGAUUUAUCAUGUCCAUUGAAGACAACAUGAUGAUUAUAGGUAAAAGAUUUCCGGCCACUUCCUCUUAUGCAGUGGAAGUCGAUAAAAAUGGAAAGAUUCAGAAAUUGAACAAUUCGAUGUACAUGGACUUGGGAAUAUCAAAGAAUGAAGCUUCUGAUCGUUCCGUUAUUAUCAGUUUCUUCACUGCUCUUUACAGUCCUUCAACGUGGUCAAUGGAUUUCAGAGGUGUUCAUACAGAUGUGCAUCCUUAUACUUGGUUCCGAUCACCAGGUUGCCUUGAAGGAAUUGCAAUGGCAGAAAAUAUCAUGGAACAUAUAGCUAAGGAACUUCGCAUGGAUCCUUUACUAGUUCGCCUGGAGAACAUGCGUUCAGAUUCUCCAAUGAGAAGUAUUCUACCAGAAUUCCUAGAAAAGUGCGAUUUUGAAACUAGAAAAGGGCAUAUUAAGUUAUUCAAUGCCAACAAUCGCUGGCGGAAACGAGGAAUUGCUUUUGCUUCAAUGGGAUAUCCAAUCCAAACCACCUAUCGCUAUGCAGUUCUGGUUGCAGUUUACGCGAUUGAUGGUACCGUCAGCGUUUGUCAUGGAGGAAUAGAAAUGGGACAAGGAAUAGAUACAAAAAUGGUUCAAAUAGCAGCUAGGACAUUAGGAGUUCCUGUAAAGUCUGUGAAAAUAGAAGCGGCUAAUACUGUGAUUAAUGCCAAUGUAACUUUCACCAGCUCAUCCCAAACAACAGAUGCCAUCGGAAGGCUGGUAAUUGAAGCAUGUAACAGAAUCUUACAACGAAUCAAACCUAUUAGGGAAGAAAUGCCUUUAGCUUCUUGGCCUGAACUUGUGAAGACCGCCUAUGAACGAAAUGUUUCUUUAGCGUCUUUCGUAACGGACAUGGAAAAAGAUCGAAUUUCGUAUAACGUCUAUGGCGUAUCCUGCGCAGAAAUGGAGAUCGAUGUACUAACAGGAGACUUCCUAUUACGUAGAGUGGACAUAAGCCAAGACGUUGGCGAGAGUCUGAAUCCGGACAUUGAUAUAGGUCAGAUUGAAGGCGCUUUCGUGAUGGGAUUGGGUUACUGGCUGCAGGAGAAGAUCAUCCAUCAUCCGGAUACCGGUGAGAUUUUGACGAAUAGAACGUGGAACUACAAGCCACCAGGAGCCAAGGACAUUCCAGUAGAUUUCAGGGUGUCCUUUAUGAACAAACAAAAUCUUCCAGUAGGAUUACUUGGAGCCAAGGGUACUGGAGAGCCUGCAACUGCUUUAUCAAUCGUGGCCAUUUUCGCCUUGAGGAACGCCAUUGAGUCUGCGAGAGAAAGUGCUGGUUUCGAGUCCUCAUUCAUUGCAUUGAAAUGUCCUACAACAAAAGAGGAUAUCUUACUUCUCUCCGGUACACGGUCUUGUCAAUUCCAUUUGUGA